UAUUGGUCUCUGGGCUUCCCUUGCUAGUGACCAUGGCUCAACUUCAGAGAAUGGAGUGCCAAUUUGAGAUCAAGUCCUCAGCUGACAAGUUCUUUGAUGUGUACAAGAACAAACCCUACCUGAUGCCAAAACUCUCCAAUCAAAAAGUUACUGAUAUAAAACUUCUUCAAGGCGACUGGAAUUCUGAAGGUUCUUUUAGGCUAUGGCAUAUUGAUGUCGCAGGCAAGACUGAGCCUGUGAAGGAAAUGAUAGAGAAGAUGGAUGACACGAACAGGACCAUCGUUUACAAACUGGUUGGGGGUGAAAUCAUGAAUGCAUACAAGACUUGGAAGACCAUCCUUAACGUGACGUCGAUGGGAGAGGGAAGCCUGGUGAAAUGGACUAUGGAAUUCGAGAAGCAAAACGAAAACAUCCCUGAUCCUGUCAAGUACGGCGAGUUUUUGACCGCUUGGGCUAAGAAUGUCGAUGCUUACCUUCUCAAUGCUCAAUGAAGUAACUAAGAAAACGACA